AGGCGAUUGAAUCGGAUGCAUUCCUGUUGACUUCUCGAGUCUCGUUCUACUUUGAAUCAUCUCCGGGGACCUGCCAUGAGUUUUCAACAUUCACUCUCAACCUCCUACACCAAGGCCAGGCGCUGGGGGGAUCUAGCAUCUCAUGACGAUUUUGGCUUGAAUGGCCUGAAAUCUUUCAAUGAGUUCAAAAAGAAAUCUCCGUGUUGGAGUUCCUCCGCAGCUGUUUACAAGGGCACAAACAAUCGCAUGUUGAAAUCGAACACACGAACAAAGGAGGAGCGAAGGAGUAAGAUGGACUCAAGGCGUUCAGAGAACAAUCAUAACUCAGGGACAAGGCAGUCAAUGUCGGCAGGCCUAGACUUCACAGAAAGGUUACCCCAUCAGACAGGAUACUUCAAGUUCGAUAUCAAUUGUUGCAGUUCCGGACCUCUUUCUGGACUUGUCAUCACCGGAGCCCGAAGACAGGGGCCAGUCAAGCCAAGCACGGCUCCGCAUACGUAUACUGAGUCAUCAAGUCAACCAAAAUAUUUCUGCAAACUUUGAAAUGUUUGCGAUGUUUGCAGGUUUCGAUUGAGCAGACGAAAUCCAGAAAAUACUUUUUCGUAUUAUGAUGUGUGCAUAUCGUCUGCUCAAGUUUUGAUUUGUUCACUGACAUAGAUGCCCAUGUGCUACGGUAGUUGAAAAAUGAUAUCAUCAAUGAGAAAAAUCCAUCAAAGCA